GCUCCUUCACAGCCAUGGCUGAGGGCGGAGAAGGGGAAGAUGAGAUCCAGUUCUUGAGAACUGAGGAUGAGGUGGUGCUCCAGUGUGUGGCCACCAUCCAGAAGGAGCAUCGCAAAUUCUGCCUGGCCGCAGAGGGACUUGGAAACCGUCUGUGUUACCUGGAAUCCACAUCGGAAGCUAAGUUUAUUCCUCCGGACCUAUGUAUUUGUAACUUUGUGCUGGAGCAGUCCCUGUCAGUUCGGGCCCUGCAGGAGAUGCUGGCUAACACUGGGCAGAAUAGCGAAGGGAGUGCUGACCAUGAAAAAUGGGCGGGUCAGGGGGGUGGACACCGGACCCUGCUCUACGGUCAUGCCAUCCUCCUACGCCACUCCUUCAGUGGCAUGUACUUGACCUGUUUGAAGACAUCAAGGUCUCAGACAGACAAGCUGUCAUUUGAUGUCGGACUACAAGAAGAUUCAAUAGGAGAAGCCUGCUGGUGGACAAUUCACCCUGCAUCAAAGCAGAGAUCUGAAGGAGAGAAAGUCCGCAUUGGAGAUGAUCUGAUUCUCGUCAGCGUGUCAACGGAAAGAUACCUGCAUCUCUCUAUAUCCAAUGGAAACAUUCAAGUGGACGCCUCCUUCAUGCAGACGCUGUGGAACGUCCAGCCCACCUGUUCCUCCAGCAACAUGGCCGUAGGGUUUUUGAUUGGUGGAAAUGUAUUGCGCCUUUGUCACGGGCAUGAUGAGAGCUUGACCAUCCCUGGAGCUGAUAAGAGUGAAGAGGAGCAGAGAAUAGUGAACUAUGAAGCGGGUAAAGGAGCAUCACGGGCCCGCUCUUUGUGGAGAUUAGAGCCUCUCAGGAUCAGCUGGAGCGGCAGCCAUAUCCGAUGGGGCCAAGCCUUCCGACUACGCCAUCUUUCCACUGGUCAUUAUCUGGCCUUGACUGAAGACCGUGGACUGGUCCUGCAGGACAGAGAGAAGUCCGACACCAAGGCCACUGCUUUCUGCUUUAGGGUCUCCAAGGAAAAGGGUGAUACUGGCCCAAAAAGGGACAUUGAAGGCAUGGGAGUCCCUGAGAUCAAGUACGGAGACUCAGUUUGCUUCAUCAUGCAUGUUGCGACCGGACUGUGGCUGUCUUACCAAGCACCCGAUGCCAAAUCAUCUCGUCUUGGUCCCCUGAAAAGAAGGGCCUGCCUACAUUCUGAGGGCCACAUGGAUGAUGGCCUCAUCCUCCAGCUCUGCCAGCAUGAGGAGGCUCGGGCUGCACGCAUCAUCCGAAACACCACAUUCCUCUUCGCCAACUUCAUCAAGGCACUGGACAAUAUUAUGACAGGUGAGUCCAUGGCAGUGGCAGGGUACGUCGAGGAGGUUCUGCAGACGCUGAAUGAUCUAAUUGAGUACUUCAAGCAACCUGAUUCAGAGCUGGAGCAUGAGGAGAAACAGUGUCUGCUCCGUUCACUCAUCAAACGUCAAGACCUCUUCAAAGAAGAGGGUAUGCUGGCCCUUCUGUCCAAGUGCAUCGACCGGAUGAAUGUGUACAACAGUGCAGCCCAUUUUGGAGAGGUGGCUGGGGAGGAGGCGGGUGCAGCCUGGAAGGACAUUCUCAACCUCCUCUAUGAACUAUUAGCUGCACUGAUUCGUGGAAACAGGAACAACUGCACCCAGUUUUCCCGGAACUUGGACUGGCUGGUCAGCAAACUGGAGAGACUGGAAUCUUCAUCAGGAAUCCUGGAAGUGCUCCACUCCAUCUUGGUAGAAAGCCCAGAGGCUCUGAACAUCAUCCAAAGAGGGCACAUCAAAUCCAUCAUCUCUCUGCUCUAUAAGCACGGACGCAACCACAAGAUCCUGGAUGUCCUGUGCUCUCUCUGUGUUUGCAAUGGGGUGGCAGUGAGAACCAAUCAGAAUCUGAUCUGUGACAAUCUGCUUCCCAAAAGAGACCUGUUGCUUCAGACCCGACUGGUUAAUGAUGUUCAAAGUAUGAGACCAAACAUCUUCCUGGGUGUUGCUGAAGGUUCAGCCCAGUACAAGAAGUGGUAUUUUGAGCUUGUCAUUGACCAAGUGGACCACUUUGUAACAGGGGAGCCGACCCACUUGAGGGUAGGCUGGGCCAACACUAGAGGCUAUGCUCCUUACCCCGGUGGAGGAGAAGGGUGGGGAGGUAAUGGUGUUGGGGAUGACCUGUACUCCUACAGCUUUGAUGGACUCCAUCUAUGGUCAGGUCGAAUCCCGAGAGCCGUGGCCUCCAUUAACCAGCACCUGCUGAACUCGGACGAUGUGGUCAGCUGCUGUCUGGAUUUGAGCGCUCCCAGUAUGUCCUUCAGGAUCAACGGGCAGCCUGUCCAGGGCAUGUUCGAGGACUUCAACACCGAUGGAUUCUUUUACCCUGUUGUCAGCUUCUCUGCAGGUGUCAAAGUCCGUUUCUUGUUGGGUGGACGCCACGGCGAUUUCAAGUUCUUGCCACCUGCCGGUUACUCUCCAUGCUACGAAGCGCUGCUGCCCAAGGAGAAGAUGCAUGUAGAGGCUGUGAAGGAGUACAAGCGGGACCAUGAUGGGGUUCGUGAUCUGUUGGGAACCACCAAGUUCCUCUCUCAGGCAUCCUUCAUUCCCACUCCUGUUGACACCAGCCAGAUUGUUCUUCCUCCUCAUCUGGAAAACAUCCGUGACAAGCUGGCAGAAAACAUCCAUGAACUUUGGGGGAUGAACAAGAUCGAACUUGGGUGGACUUUUGGCAAGGUUCGUGAUGACAACAAGAGGCAGCACCCUUGCCUCGUGGAUUUUGCCAAACUGCCUGAAACUGAAAGGAACUACAAUGUGCAGAUGUCUAGUGAAACUCUUAAAACACUGUUGGCACUGGGGUGCCAUGUUGCCCAGGUUAACGUUCACGCUGAAGAAGAUUUGAAGAAAAUCAAGUUACCCAAAGAUUACAUGAUGUCUAAUGGAUAUAAGCCUGCGCCACUGGAACUCUCUGAUGUGAAGCUGACUCAAGGUCAAGAGGUUCUAGUUGAUAAACUGGCUGAAAAUGCACACAAUGUGUGGGCCAAAGACAGGAUUAAACAAGGAUGGACCUAUGGCAUCCAGCAGGAUUUGAAGAGCAGACGUAACCCUCGCCUGGUGCCAUAUGCUUUACUGGAUGAACGAACUAAGAAGUCUAACAGAGACAGUCUAAGAGAGGCUAUCAGGACUAUGGUUGGAUAUGGAUAUGACAUUGACCCCCCAGACCAGGAGGUGGUACAUGUGUCAGAUGAUCAGAGCAUCGAGACCAUCCGCUUCUUCCGUGUGGAGCAGACGUACGCUGUGAAGACAGGGAAGUGGUACUUUGAGUUUGAAGUCCUGAGUGGAGGUGACAUGAGAGUUGGCUGGGCCAGACCAGGCUGCAGGCCUGAUAUGGAACUGGGAUUGGAUGAUCAAGCUUAUGUCUUUGAUGGAUACAGGGGUCGGAGGAUGCAUGCAGGCAGUCGCUACUUUGGACAGCCUUGGAAACAGGGUGACGUGGUUGGCUGCAUGAUCAAUAUGGAGGACAAAUCCAUGAUUUUCACCCUGAAUGGAGAGCUGCUGAUCACCAGCAAGGGUUCUGAGCUUUGUUUUGCUGACUUUGAGACUGAAGAUGGAUUCAUCCCAGUGUGUAGCCUUGGCAUGUCUGAGAUCGGCCGUAUGAACCUGGGCAAAGAUGCCAGCACUUUUAAGUACUACACCAUGUGCGGUCUCCAGGAAGGUUUUGAGCCCUUUGCCGUCAACAUGAACAGAGAAAUCACCAUGUGGUUCAGCAAGCGCCUCCCUACAUUUUUCAAUGUACCCCAGGAUCACAUGCAUAUUGAGGUGACAAGGAUUGAUGGAACGGUAGACAGUCCUCCAUGCCUUAAGGUCACCCAUAAGACAUUUGGCACCCAGAAUAGCAACAGUGACAUGGUCUACUGCAGACUGAGCAUGCCUGUGGAGUUCUACUCUGCAGAUCGGAUACUGGACGAAUCACUGAAGCUCAGCCAUCCUCCAAAAGAAGAUGGAAGUAUUGAUUAUGGGAGCAUCACAACUUAUUACCACUCUGUGAGAGUGUUUGCUGGACAGGACCCUGCCUCUGUGUGGGUGGGCUGGGUGACACCUGAUUAUCACUACCACAGCAAGAACUUCAGUCUCAGCAAGACGCGAACAGUCACCAUCACCCUUGGAGAUGAGAGGGGCCGGGUCCAUGAGAGUGUGCAGAGGAGUAACUGCUACAUGGUGUGUGCAGCAGACGCAGCCGGCCCGUCUUCCUCCAGCCGUUCCAACUCUGACCUGGAGAUUGGCUGCCUGAUUGAUCUGGCCACUGGCCUUGUCUCCUUCACUGCCAAUGGGAAGGAACUGCCCACGGCAUAUCAGGUGGAGCCAAAUACCAAGCUCUUCCCAGCGGUGUUUGUUCGCCCUACCAGUGCAAAUCUUUUCCAGUUUGAGUUUGUCAAGAUAAAGGAUGCCAUGCCGCUGUCAUCGGCCAUAUUCAAGAGUGAGCACAGGAACCCGGUGCCAGAGUGCCCACCACGGGUGGAUGUGCAGACCAUCGUAGCUGUGCUUUGGAGCCGGAUGCCAAAUACCUUCCUUAAUGUGGAGACGGCUCGUGUCAGUGAAAGGCAUGGUUGGGUUGUCCAGUGCUUGGAACCUCUCCAGAUGAUGGCGGUACAUAUACCUGAAGAAAACAGGUGUUUGGACAUCCUAGAGUUAUCAGAGCAUGAAGACCUGAGGAAGUUCCACUAUCACACCCUGAAGCUGUACUGCGCCCUCUGUGCUUUGGGAAACACUCGUGUAGCUCACGCUCUUUGCAGCCAUUUGGACCAAUCACAGCUUCUCUACACCAUCGACAACCAGUACCUCUCUGGUAUGCUGAGAGAAGGCUUUUAUAAUGUCCUAAUCAGCAUCCAUCUUGAGACGGCAAAGGAGGCUCGCUUAAUGAUGAACAAUGAGUUUAUUAUCCCUGUGACGGACGAGACGCGCUCCAUCAAGCUGUUCCCAGAUGAGUCCAAGCGGCAUUCACUGCCUGGUGUGGGCCUGAGCACCUCUCUCAAACCUCGAGUUUACUUUUCCCCCGUUGGCAUCAUCAGCACCAAACGCCACCAGUUCCUCUAUAGCCCCCAGAUCCCGCUGGGCAUCCUAAAGGAAAAAGCCAUCAGCAUGAUCACAGAGGCUGUUCAGGGCGGAGGGUCCUACAUCCGAGACCCAGUAGGUGGGAGUUUACAGUAUCAAUUUGUCCCCAUCCUGAAGCUUAUUGGAACACUGCUUAUAAUGGGAGUCCUAACUAGCGAAGAGGUUCGGUUGAUUCUCCUCCUGAUCGAUCCCAACGUAUUUGGGGAAAGCAAAGAGGGGGAGGAAGUGAAGGGGGAUGAGGUGGCUGUACCAGGGGAGAAGGAGGAGGUGAGCAAAAACGAGGAGAAGGCCGUGGAGGCAGGAGAGGAGGAAACAAAGGAGGGCAAACCACUUGCAAAAGGCCUGCUGGAGAAGUCACUGCCUGAAUCUGUCAAACGGCAGAUGUGUGAGCUGCUGCACUAUUUCUGCGACUGUGAACUGAGGCACCGCAUCGAAGCCAUCGUCUCCUUCUCUGACAGAUUUGUCUCCAAGCUGCAGUUCAAUCAGAAGUUCCGCUAUAAUGAGCUAAUGCUGGCUCUAAACAUGUCUGCCGCCGUCACUGCCAAGAAGACCAAAGAGUUCCGUUCACCCCCACAGGAGCAGAUCAACAUUUUGUUGAACUUCAGUGCAGGUGAGGACUGUCCCUGCCCUGAGGACAUCCAGGAUGAACUUAACUCCUUCCAUGAAGAACUAAGACUGCACUGUGGAAUUCCAGUGGAGGAAGAAGAGGAAGAGCAGGACACUUCAAUAAAAGGUCGUCUCCUGGCUUUGCUCUACAAGAUUAAAGGCCCACCUCAAAAGACAGAGGAGGAGCCUCAAGAGAUGGAGCAGGCUGCCCCGACCAACCUGAAGGAGCUGAUCUCUCAAACCAUAACUAGCUGGGCUCAGGAGUCUCACAUCCAGGACGCAGAGCUGGUCAGAGUGAUGUUCAGUUUGCUGAGGAGGCAGUAUGAUGGCAUCGGGGAACUGCUCCGGGCCAUGAAGAAAUCUUACACCAUCAGUGCCGCAUCUGUGCAGGAUGCCAUUAACCUGCUGGCCUCUCUGGGUCAGAUCAGAUCUCUGCUAUCAGUGCGCAUGGGCAAGGAGGAAGAGAAACUCAUGAUUGACGGACUUGGUGACAUCAUGAACAAUAAAGUUUUCUACCAGCAUCCCAAUUUGAUGAGAGUUCUGGGCAUGCAUGAGACCGUCAUGGAGGUCAUGGUCAACGUGUUGGGAGGAGACAAAUCACAGAAGAUCGCUUUCCCCAAGAUGGUGGCAAGCUGCUGUCGUUUCCUCUGUUAUUUCUGCCGUAUCAGCCGCCAGAAUCAGAAAGCCAUGUUUGACCACCUGAGCUACCUCCUGGAGAACAGCAGUGUGGGGUUGGCUUCUGAAGCCAUGCGGGGCUCCACUCCCCUGGACGUUGCAGCAUCUUCAGUAAUGGACAACAACGGUUUGGCUCUGGCUUUGGAGGAACCUGAUCUGGAAAAGGUGGUGACAUACCUGGCAGGCUGUGGUCUUCAGAGUUGUGCCAUGCUGGUUGCCAAGGGUUACCCAGACCUUGGCUGGAACCCAAUAGAGGGAGAGCGCUACCUGUCAUUCCUGAGAUUUGUUGUCUUCUGCAAUGGGGAGAGUGUGGAGGAGAAUGCCAACGUGGUGGUGAAGCUGCUGAUUAGACGUCCAGAGUGUUUCGGUCCUGCCCUGAGAGGUGAGGGAGGACAGGGUUUGCUGGCUGCCAUGAAGGAAGCCAUCAAGAUUUCUGAGGAUCCUGCUCUGGACCUGCCCAAAACCCCCACCGGAGUCACUACUGGGUCUGCUGAGGAAGAAGAGGAAGUUAUUCACAUGGGUAAUGCCAUCAUGUCCUUCUACUCGGCCCUUAUUGACCUGUUGGGACGCUGCGCUCCAGAGAUGCAUCUUAUCAAUGCAGGUAAAGGUGAAGCAUUGCGUAUAAGGGCCAUCCUGCGCUCUCUGGUUCCCACUUCAGACUUGGUGGGCAUCAUCAGCAUCCCCCUCAAAAUGCCAGUGAUUAAUAAAGAUGGCACAGUGACAGAACCCGACAUGUCAGCUUGUUUCUGUCCGGACCACAAGGCCCCCAUGGUGCUCUUCCUAGAUAGAGUGUAUGGCAUUGAGGACCAGAGCUUCCUGCUCCAGAUGUUGGAGGUUGGCUUUCUGCCUGACCUCCGAGCCUCAGCAUCUCUGGACACAGAAGUCCUGAGCACCACAGAGACAGCCUUAGCCAUGAAUCGCUACAUCGGCUCAGCCCUGCUGCCUCUGCUGACCCGAUGUGCAGCUCUCUUUGCCAACACGGAGCACUACGCACAGCUGGUCGACUCCACGCUGGAGACCAUCUACAGGUUGUCCAAAGGCCGCUCACUCACCAAAGCCCAAAGGGACUCCAUCGAGGACUGUCUGCUCACAAUCUGCAAACAUCUUCGCCCCUCUAUGAUGCAGCAGCUGCUGAGACGGCUGGUGUUCGAUGUUCCCAUGCUCUCUGAAUACUGCAAGAUACCUCUCAAGCUUCUGAUCAACCACUAUGAGCAGAACUGGAAGUAUUAUUGUCUGCCAUCUGGUAUGGGCAGCUUCGGCAUGGCCUCUGAGGAGGAGCUCCUUCUCACUAAGAAGCUCUUCUGGGGAAUCUUUGACUCUCUUUCUCAGAAGAAGUAUGAUCCUGAACUUUUCAAAAUGGCCAUGUCAUGUCUGUGUGCCAUCGCUGGAGCCCUUCCUCCAGACUUUGUGGAUUCAAGUUUAGGGGCAACAUUAGAGAAACAGACCUCAGUGGAUGCACAGGGCAACUUUGACCCCAAACCCAUCAACACUGCCAACAUCUCACUUCCUGAAAAACUUGAGUACAUUGCCAACAAAUAUGCAGAGCAUUCCCAUGACAAGUGGUCUUCAGAGAAGAUGUCAGCGGGUUGGAAACACGGAGACAGCAUGGAUGAGCAGGCCAAAGCCCAUCCAUUACUGAAGCCAUACAAAGCUUUGAGUGAGAAGGAGAGAGAAACUUAUCGCUGGCCUGUUAGAGAGUCUUUGAAGAGCAUGUUGGCGAUGGGCUGGAACAUUGAGAGGACUAAGGAGGGGGAAGCCAUGUUCCAACAACGAGAGAGCGAAAAACAGCGCAAGAUCUCAGAAUCUCAGACGAAUGGAUUCAGUCCUGCUCCAAUGGACCUCCACAAUGUCACUUUGUCCAGAGAGUUACAGGGCAUGGUUGAGGUAAUUGCUGAAAAUUACCACAACAUCUGGGCUAAGAAGAAGAAAUCUGAACUUCACAGCAAAGGAGGAGGAGCUCACCCGCUGAUGGUUCCUUAUGACACCUUGACUGCUAAAGAGAAGUACAGGGACAGAGAGAAGGCCCAAGAGCUCUUUAAGUUCCUGCAGAUAAGUGGCUAUGCUAUCACAAGAGGUCUGAAGGACAUGGAGCAGGACUCAUCAUCCAUGGAAAAGCGCUACUCGUACAAAUUCCUUAAAAAGCUGCUGAAAUAUGUUGACUCUGCUCAGGAGUUCAUCGCUCAUCUUGAGGCUAUGGCCACCAGCGGGAAGACGGAUAAGUCACCUCAUGACCAGGAAAUCAAGUUCUUUGCCAAGGUGUUGCUUCCUCUGAUCGAUCAAACCUUUAAGAACCACUGCCUCUACUUCUUGUCAACACCAAGCAAGAACCUGAGCAGCUGUGGCUGUGCCUCUAACAAAGAGAAGGAGAUGGUCACCAGCCUGUUCUGUAAGCUGGCAGCUCUUGUUAGACACAGGAUUUCUCUUUUUGGAAGUGAUUCUGCAAUGAUGGUCAGCUGUCUGCACAUCCUUACCCACUCCCUCGACACCAGAACAGUGAUGAAGUCUGGUGCUGAGCUGGUCAAAGCCAGUUUUAAGGCUUUCUUUGAGAAUGCAGCAGAGGACCUGGAGAAGCUGGUAGAGAUGCUGAAACUGGGGAAGUUCAUGCAGUCCCGUGCCCAGAUGAAGAGCGUCACUCAGAGCAUCAACUAUGUGACGGUGGCUCUGCUGCCCAUCCUCACUGCCCUGUUUGAACACAUCAGAACUUAUGAAUUUGGAGUGGACCUGAUUUUAAAUGACGUGCAACUGUCCUGCUACCGAAUCCUGAUGUGUUUCUACACUCUGGGAACUGGAAAGAAUAUCUUCGUAGAGAGGCAUCUGCCAGCGCUGGGCGAGUCUCUGGCGACUUUGGUGUCAGCCAUGCCUGUAGCAUUCCUGGAGCCUCCUCUAAAUGCACACAACCCUCUUUCAGUCUUUAACACUAAGACCCCACGAGAGAGAGCCAUCCUGAGUAUGCCCGACACAGUGGAAGAGAUGUGUCCAGAAAUGCCUCGUCUCGACAAACUGCUCAAAGACGUCAACGAUAUCUCAGAGUCUGGUGCUCGCUACAGCGACAUGCCACAGGUCAUCGAGGUAAUCCUUCCCAUGCUGUGCAAUUAUCUGUCCUACUGGUGGGAGAAAGGUCCAGAAAACUCACCCCCAGAUACCGACUGCUGCACCAUGGUGACCUCUGACCACCUAAGCAUCAUUCUGGGAAACAUCCUCAAGAUCCUCAACAACAACUUGGGCAUUGAUGACGCCCCCUGGAUGAAGAGAAUUGCAGUCUACUCUCAGCCAAUCAUCUGCAAGGCUGGAGCAGAUUUGUUGAGAACCCACUUCCUCCCCACACUGGACAAACUGAGGAAGAAGACAGUGAAGGUUGUAGCUGAAGAAGAGCUGCUGAAGGCUGAUGGUAAAGGAGACAACCAGGAGGCAGAACUGCUCAUCCUGGACGAGUUUGCAAUGCUCUGCAGGGAUCUCUAUGCUUUCUAUCCCAUGCUCAUUCGUUAUGUGGACAACAACAGGUCCAGGUGGCUGAAGGAACCAGAUGCAGACUCCACUGAGCUGUUCAGAAUGGUGGCUGAGAUCUUCAUCCUCUGGUGCAAGUCGAAUAACUUUAAGCGUGAAGAGCAAAACUUUGUGAUUCAGAAUGAAAUCAACAACUUGGCCUUCCUGACUGGAGAAGGCAAGACGAAGAUGUCCAAGUCAGGUGGGGACCAGGAGAGGAAACACAAGCGUCGUCGUGGUGAAUACUACUCUAUUCAGACUUCCCUGAUUGUAGCUGCUCUAAAGAAGAUGCUGCCCAUCGGCCUGAACAUGUGUACCCCGGGAGACCAGGAGCUCAUUUCUUUGGCAAAGAUACGCUACAGUCUGAAAGACACAGAUGAUGAGGUGAAGGAGCAUUUGCAUCAGAAUCUCCACCUUCAGGACAAGUCUGAAGACCCAGCCGUUCAGUGGCAGCUUAACCUGUACAAAGAGGUUGUGGUAAAGACUGAAGAACCUGCUAAUUCAGAGCACACAGUGGAGAGAAUCCAGAGCAUCUCUGCUGCAGUCUUCUACCUGGAGCAGGUGGAACAACCUCUGAGGAACAAGAAGUGUGUGAUGCAGAAGCUGCUGUCCAAACAGCGGAAGCGUGCUGUGGUGGCCUGCUUCCGCAUGGCUCCACUUUACAAUCUCCCCAGGCAUCGUGCUAUCAACCUCUUCAUCCCAGCCUAUGAGAGACUUCGGAUAGAAACAGAGGAAUACUCUUUUGAGGAGAAGCUAGUUCAGGACCUGGCAAAAACCCCAGUGAAGAUUGUAGAGGAAGAGGAAGAGGAGGUUGCUGAGAUCCAGCCUGAUCCUCUCCAGCAACUCAUCCUCCACUUCAGCCACAAUGCUUUGACAGAGAGAAGUCACUUGGAAGAAGAUCCUUUGUAUAUUGCGUAUGCAGACAUGAUGGCGAAGAGCUGUGCAGAAGAUGAGGAGGAAGAGGAAGAAGAAGGGAAAGAAAAGACAUUUGAGGAAAAAGAGAUGGAAAAGCAGAAGAUCCUGUACCAGCAGGCAAGGCUGCAUGCUCGUGGUGCUGCAGAAAUGGUGCUGCAGAUGAUCAGCGCCAGCAAAGGUCGUCUCGGCCCCAUGGUGACCUGCACCCUCAAACUGGGCAUCUCCAUCCUAAAUGGAGGAAAUGUGCACGUUCAACAGAAAAUGCUUGAUUACUUGAAAGAAAAAAGAGAUGCAGGCUUUUUCAAGGGUCUCUCUGGACUGAUGCAGUCUUGCAGUGUUCUGGACUUGAAUGCAUUUGAGAGGCAAAACAAAGCAGAGGGACUCGGCAUGGUGACGGAAGAAGGCUCAAGCUCCAAGGUGCUACAGAAUGAUGAGUUCACUAAAGAUCUAUUCCGGUUUUUGCAACUUCUGUGUGAGGGACACAACGGAGAUUUCCAGAACUUCUUGAGAACUCAAACUGGAAACACAACAACAGUCAACAUCAUUAUCAGCACUGUGGACUAUCUGCUCCGUCUUCAGGAGUCUAUCAGUGACUUCUACUGGUACUACUCUGGCAAAGAUGUCAUUGAUGAGACUGGAAAACUCAACUUCUCCAAAGCUUUAUCUGUAGCCAAGCAGAUAUUCAACUCACUGACUGAGUACAUUCAGGGUCCGUGCAUUGGGAACCAGCAGAGUUUAGCUCAUAGCAGACUUUGGGAUGCAGUUGUGGGUUUCUUACAUGUGUUUGCAAACAUGCAGAUGAAGCUGUCCCAGGAUGCCAGUCAGAUUGAGCUGUUGAAGGAACUGAUGGACUUACAGAAGGACAUGGUUGUCAUGUUGCUGUCUCUACUUGAGGGUAAUGUGGUGAAUGGAACAAUUGGAAAGCAGAUGGUUGACACGCUGGUGGAGUCUUCAAACAACGUGGAGAUGAUCCUCAAGUUCUUUGAUAUGUUCCUCAAGCUGAAGGAUCUUACAACUUCUGACAACUUCAAGGAGUACGACCCUGAGUUUAAGGGCAUAAUCUCAAAAAAAGAGUUCCAGAAGUCGAUGGAGAGCCAGAAGCAGUACAGUCAGUCAGAGAUCGAAUUCUUGCUCUCGUGUGUGGAAGCUGAUGAGAACGAUAUGUUCAGUUACAAGGAGUUUGUGGAGCGAUUCCACGAGCCGGCCAAAGACAUCGGCUUCAACAUGGUGGUGCUGCUGACCAACCUCUCUGAACACAUGCCCCACGACUCCCGCCUCAGCACCUUCUUAGAUCUGGCAGAAAGCAUGCUGAGCUACUUCGAGCCUUACCUUGGUCGUAUUGAAAUCAUGGGCAGUGCAAAGCGAAUCGAGAGGGUCUACUUUGAGAUCAGUGAGUCGAGCCGAGAGCAGUGGGAAAAGCCGCAGGUCAAAGAAUCCAAGCGUCAGUUCAUCUUUGAUGUGGUGAAUGAAGGAGGAGAGAGCGAGAAGAUGGAGAUGUUCGUGAACUUCUGCGAGGACACCAUCUUUGAGAUGCAGCUGGCCUCACAGAUUUCUGAGCCCGACAUGGUUGAACAGCCUGAAGAGGAGGAGGAGGAAGAUGGUCACAGCAUCCUAGAAGAGCUGACUGGAGAGGAAGAAGGCGCCCUGGAGUCUGCCUCUGCUUUCACCACUGCAUGUCGCUCAGUGAAGAAGAAGAUCUCAGACGUCCGCCAGAUUUUUACGAUUAAAAACGUACGCAAACAGUUCAAGAAAAUCAAGAAGCUGAGCAUCAAGGAGAUAAUCACAGGCUUCUUCUCCUUCUUCUGGAUGCUCUUUACCGGAUUCUUUAAGGGAAUAUACGGCCUCAUCUUCGGUUUCUUCCACAUCAUCUGGUCAUCCAUGUUUGGUGGAGGGCUAGUCGAAGGAGCCAAGAACAUGAAGGUGACGGACAUCCUCGGAAACAUGCCUGACCCAACUCAGUUUGGUAUCCAUGGAGAUGUGUUAGAGGGAGAUAAAGUGGAGGCUGUAGAGUUGUCAGGAAGCAUGGACACGGCCAUGGCACCAGCAGGGGACAUCGCAGAGGUGGACGUAAUGUUGGAGAUGCUGACAAUGCCCAAAAAAGAAGGAGGGAAACACGUGGAACCUGGUCUGGGUGAUGUUUCUGAGCUGUCUGCCGAAUCCUCCGCAACUGAUCACAAAAAGAAAGCCUCUGCUAAACCAGCUGAAACUCCUGAGAGUGAACCAGAAAAGGCAGACACAGAGAACCAGGAGAAGGAGGAUAAACCAAAGGAAGAUGAAGCUAAGGAGCCUGUGGCAGAGGAGAAGCCCAGAACCAGAUCAAGUCAGCCUAAAGAGGCGUCUCCUGCCUUCAUGUCCACUAUCUUUGCUAUUCUUGAUGUCUACCUGAACAAGAUGCUGAACUACCUGGCUCGUAACUUCUACAACCUGCGUUUCUUGGCCCUGUUUGUGUGCUUUGCCAUUAACUUCAUCCUGCUUUUCUACAAGGUCACUGGUGAGAGUGAUGAAGAGGUUGAUGAAGAAAACCGCUGGGGUGAUGAAGAGGAGGAUGAUGAGGACACACUCUUUGACAUGGAUGAGUUUGUUCUCCAGGAGAGCACCGGCUACAUGUUACCAACGCUGCGUUUCUUGGCCAUUUUCCACACCGUCAUCUCGCUCCUCUGCCUGGUCGGGUACUACUACCUGAAGGUUCCUUUGGUGGUUUUCAAGAGAGAGAAGGAGAUCGCCAGGAAGCUUGAAUUUGAUGGUCUGUACAUCACUGAGCAGCCGUCUGAUGACGACAUCAAAGGCCAGUGGGAUCGUCUCGUCAUCAACACGCCAUCCUUCCCAAACAAUUACUGGGACAAGUUUAUCAAGCGUAAGGUGAUCAACAAAUACGGUGACAUGUAUGGGGCCGAACGCAUUGCUGAGCUUUUAGGUCUGGAUAAAAACGCUCUGGACUUCGACCCUACUGUGGAAACUGUGGAAAAGGAAGCGUCUUUGCUCUCUUGGUUGAGCUCCAUCGAUACAAAAUACCACAUCUGGAAAAUGGGCGUUGUUCUGACUGACAAUUUAUUCCUGUAUCUGAUCUGGUAUACCACCAUGUCCAUUUUUGGACACUUCAACAACUUCUUCUUUGCUGCUCAUCUGCUGGACAUCGCCAUGGGCUUCAAGACCCUUCGCACCAUCUUGUCAUCAGUCACUCACAACGGGAAGCAGCUCGUCCUGACUGUGGGUCUGCUGGCCGUGGUCGUCUACCUCUACACUGUGGUGGCCUUCAACUUCUUCAGGAAGUUCUACAACAAGAGUGAGGAUGAAGACGAGCCGGACAUGAAGUGUGACGACAUGAUGACGUGCUACUUGUUCCACAUGUACGUGGGUGUGAGAGCUGGAGGAGGUAUUGGGGACGAGCUGGAGGACCCAGCUGGAGAUCCCUAUGAACUCUACCGCAUCCUGUUUGACAUCACCUUCUUCUUCUUUGUUAUUGUCAUCCUGCUGGCCAUCAUUCAGGGUUUGAUCAUUGAUGCCUUUGGUGAGCUGAGAGAUCAGCAGGAGCAGGUCAAAGAGGACAUGGAGACCAAAUGCUUCAUCUGUGGCAUUGGGAAUGACUACUUUGAUCGAACACCUCAUGGAUUUGAAACCCACACCUUACAAGAGCACAACCUUGCCAACUACCUAUUCUUCCUGAUGUACCUGAUUAAUAAGGAUGAGACUGAGCACACGGGUCAGGAGUCAUAUGUGUGGAAGCUGUACCAGGAGAGAUGCUGGGACUUCUUCCCCACUGGAGACUGCUUCCGUAAGCAAUAUGAGGACCAGCUGGGUUAGAGGGGGCAACCUCACCCGGCGCCCCAAACACCCAUCCCUACUU